GUCGGCCUGAACGAAUACAUCUUCCGACCUAAACUCAUCCUCAUCAGAACAAAAAAAGACAUUUCCUCCUGCCUAUACUAAAGGAACUAAUGAAAGAAAACUUCGUUCUAAAAACUGCGCCAACAUCCCUAGAUAAAUAAAAUCGAGCUAUCUCAAGCGAGGCGUCGGUAUAGCGCCAGUAGUAUACAUCCCAGGGGGGGACCGCCAAGAAUACCCUAGCUGACCCCUCGUUCUUCCCCCAUAUCUCCACACGAGUCCCCCCUUUAUGGUAAUCCACACUAGGACCAGUGACCCAGGUUUAUAAAAGAAACUCGUUGCGACUCCAUCCUCGCAUCCCCGGACUUUCACAAGUUAGGUACCUAAGACGACAAGCAAGUGGCGACCAAAACUUCAACCAUGGACCGCGACCAAGAAAAGGCAGAACUCGACGUCGACCACGUCGAACGAGAAAAGGGUAACUUCUCGGACGCCGUUGACGACGAUAUCGAUGAACAUGAAGGAAAGAAGAUUAUACGGCGAAUUGACCGUCGAUUGGUCGUCAUGGUGGGCCUCUUGUACUGUAUCAGUUUGAUGGAUAGGACGAACCUGUCUUCGGCUGCUACUGCGGGUAUGCUCGAGGACUUGGAGCUUACUGGCAACCGUUAUUCGGUUGCUUCGCUCGUGUUCUUCAUCACUUAUAUCAUAUUCCAACCCCCCUCGACCGUUAUUAUCCGAAAGGUUGGCCCGCGUAUCUUCCUCUCGACUAUCGUCCUAGCAUGGGGCGCAGUGAUGAUCGGGUUUGGAUUCAGCCCGUCGUUCCAGGUCCUCACGGCGCUUAGGAUUCUCCUUGGUGUAUUUGAGGCUGGUUAUUUCCCUGGUUGUGUUUACUUACUGUCGACAUGGUUCACACGUUAUGAAAUGGGCCGAAGAUACUCAAUCUUCUACCUCAUCGGCUGUGUCGCAUCUGCUUGCUCCGGUAUCCUCGCAUUUGGUCUGAUUCAGAUGGACGGCGUCGCGGGCCUCAGCGGUUGGAGAUGGAUCUUCAUCAUCGAAGGUGUUCUUACGUGCCUCCUCGCUUCGCUAGGCUACUGGCUCUUAGUCGAUUUCCCCGAUUCGAAGCGAAAAUCUUGGAAUUUCUUGAGCGAUCGCGAACGCGCAUGGGUUGUAAGGCGAGUUGACGCCGAUCGAGGCGAUGUCGAGGUCCCGAAGUUCAAGUUGAGCCUAUGGUUAAGAGGUGGCAGGGAUUGGAGAGUCUGGUGCUAUGGCCUGAUUUCCUUUUGCUCCAAUACUCUCACCUACUCGUUGGCCUUCUUCCUGCCACUUAUCCUCCGAACGAACUUGAAGUUUAGUACCGGUGCUUCGCUGUGCCUUGUCGCUCCACCAUACGCAUUCUCGGGUAUCUACAUGUACCUCGUGAACUGGGUGGGAGACCGCUUCCAUUUACGUGGACCCGUCUUGAUUGGCAACAUGGUCCUUGCCCUUAUUGGUCUACCUAUCCUCGGAUGGCAUCCGAACAACGGUGUUCGAUACUUCGGAGCUUUCUUCGUGACGGCGGGAGCGACUUGCAACAUCCCGGGCUCGCUGGCAUACCAAGCCAACAACGUUCGUGGGCAAUGGAAACGUGCCUUUACUAGUGCACUGUGGGUUGUGUUUGCUAGUAUCGGUGGUAUUGCCGGCAGUCUCGUAUUCAGAUCCCAAGAUGCUGCUACAGGGUAUAAGCCAGGGCUUUACGCUUGUAUCGCCUGCUGCUUAUUGACCAUCAUCAUUGUAUGCAUCUUGGAUACGUCAUACUACCUUGAUAACAAGAAGGCGGAUCGUGGAGAGAAGCAGCUGGAAGCAGCAGACGACGAGUAUCAACCAGGCUUCCGAUAUACCUAUUAACGAGAUGUAUCUGUCGAGUAAUUUCGCUUGGAGUUCGUUACGAGUCACGAUGGUUACCCCGCGGAAUGUAUCCUAUCGGAGGGUCGGGGCUGUAAGUACUUAGGUAGUAAUCUUGAAUGAGUCAAUUUCAAUUGUGAUGCUCCAAGGACUUAUCACACCACAUGUGCUUUCUAGGGGGUUCAGCUCGGGGGUCUCGUCGUUGUUGCGUUCAUUGUCCGUAUAUGAAGGUUGUUUGAGAGUAGCAAUAGACGAAUGUGACUCAUAAGAUAAAACGUAAUCCUAGGAAUUGGAAGGAUUAGUCGAUAACUGGCCCAAGUCACCACAUUCAGUUAUAUCUUUCUAUAACGUAUCUACUCGA